AUGUCUCAACCAACGGGCUAUGAGCUACGCGAGUUUCCCGUGACCGGUCCACCACCGUAUCCGCAUCCGCCACAGGCGCCAGGCGGGUAUCCCCAGCUGCAACCUGGGCAAAACCCGGAGUAUCCAGCCCAUCAACAAUCGACUCCAUAUGCAAAUCCGGCGCAAAAUUCUGGUGAAUUUCCAUUCUACCAGCCUAUCUAUCCAGCCGGAAAUCACAAUCAAAACGAGCUGCGCCUUCGCAUCGAUCCGAUGCCUGCCGAGCCGCCCUAUAACCUCUAUGGCCCAAACCCAGGCAAUUCACCCGCGCAACCCCCUGCCGUCGCCUACGAAAAUCCAGCCCAAGAAGAUGAAGAAGAGGAUUCAGGUUUUGAGGCUGGCUACGCGCACGCCAUGUCUCAACUGGAAGUAGUGCCACGUCUACGGACCUGCCCUCGUUAUUUGCUGUGGACGGCCCUCAUUGCAUACGGCAUCUUCGGCUUCAUCGACAUCUUCGUGGGGUACUUCGCGGCUGACGAGCAGGUGAAAAACCUGAUGUCUGCGCGUUACACUUCCGGCAAAAACGAAGACUGGACCGCAAAGUACGAUCGUCUCUCCCAAACGGUCCCCGUCGUCCUUUCAAUCGGCCUCUGGCUCAUGUCCCUCUGCGGGUUGUUUCGCAGACAGGUCGCCGUACUGUACCCGUACAUGGGCGCUCAGAUGCUGCGUAUCCUUGUGAUAUUAAAGCCCCCUGCGGAUGCAGCUUGGGCACAUCGUACUGGACCUCCCGCUCUCCUCAGCGCCGUUGCCACGAUUAUUACUCUUAUGAAUUGUGCA